AUGGAAACGACCAAUGUGUCCGAACUUGUCGAACGGCUCGGCAGCGACGAGGAUGCUGUGCGCAAAAUGGCAGUGUUCAAGCUCCAGAACAAUAUCGGAGAUCCGUCAUUUGCGGAUACGUUUAUUGUGGAGGGUGGGUUGACUCGUUUGCGAUACUUGACGCUUCAUGCGACGGGGAAUACGCUGGCGUAUAGUUUGACGAGUUUUGCGAGGUUGUUGGAGGUGGAUAAGGGGUGGGAGUGUGUGGAUGGGGAGUUGAUUGAGAGGAUCGUCGAGCUGAUUGUCACCCAUCCUCUGGUGAAUAUCCUUCGUGGGGCCAUGUCGAUUCUGGUCUCUAUUGUGUCCCACCCCCACGCUGGCAGUCGCGCCUCAGAAGCAGAUCUCUUUGGAUUCCGCGCGCUCAAACCCGCCAUCACGAUAUUUCCGCAGUUCCUCGAAAUGCUCGUCAAUCGCCUCUCGUCGGCAGACCAUGCCCUGUGUGCGAAUGCUCUGCAACUGAUCAACUCGCUGAUGCGGGAUUCCAUCACAUUCGACUCGGAGGCUGAGUGGCCCAAGUUUAUUCAGAGGUUGCAGGAUUUGGGCGUCAUUCGUGCGGUGUAUGUGCUGAUGCAGGACUCGGCGCUGCAGGAUCUGGCGCAUCCGUUGAUGGAGUUUCAGUCGUUGACCAAGGUGCUUUUGAGGAAGUGGAGGGAUAUUCCGCUGGACUUGGAGAAGCAGGAGCACCGAAGGGCGUUGAAGGGCAUUUAUCUGGCGAGUAAUCCCGGCAAGACUGGUGCUGGUAAAGCAGGUGGGAGUACCACAGAUGGAGGCGUUAGUGGUGGUGGUGGUGGUGAUGAGACAGAACCAAAGCGCUCCAAGAGGCAUCAUCCCGAGAAAUGGCGCCGAUUGGGAUUCGAGACGGAGAGUCCUGCGAGCGAGUUUCAUGAGGUGGGAUUCUUGGGAAUGAUGGAUUUGGCCGAUUACGUGCGCAGUCACCAAGAUGAGUUCCAGAAGAUGUUGUUGGAGCAGUCGACCAAGCCUGCGCGGCAGCGGUGUCCGAUUGCGCGAGCCUCGUUGGCGGUGACUUUGAUCCUGUAUGAGCAUUUCGAGGUGGACCAGAUGGAGAUGGACGAUUCGAAGAAUUACAUGAUGCUGGAAUCGCGGACGAACUUCGAUCAAUUGUUCAAGCCGCUGCUGCUGCACUGGACGCGAUUACAUGUCGCGGGUCUCCAGGCCUUUUUCCGCCUGUGGAAGGCGACGGCGGCGGAAUCCGAGGACUUGGAUAAACUGGUGGAGUUGGUUCGGAUUCUGAUCGAGUCGGUUGUGGGGGGUGCUGGUCGGACCAAAGACGUGCAGGAUAUCGAAGAAGAUCUCGCCAAUUACGAUUAUCAGCGCCUGCGGGAACUGCAGAUGGAACUCUUGGAAUUGACGUAUGAGGAUGCUUGGGGCCAGCACCUCAAUCAGGUCCGCGAGGAGCUUCAGCAUGAGGCGUUGCAGUUUGUCAAGGAGCAGCGCAUUCGAUGCUUACUUGCGGGGGCGUGGUUCGCGUUGGAUACUUUGACAAAUUCGACAUCGACUUCCAAGCUGGAGACUGGAUCGAACGCUACGCAUCAAUAUGUGCAGCUCUCCCAUAAUCGGCGAUAUCUUCAUUUUGGCGAGUUCGACUCGAUGGGCGAUCAGCUUCCAGAGCUGGAUUCCUUGCCAAAUAAAAUUGACCUCACGACUGUGUCUUCUGUGGUCUCUAACAUCUCUACUGCUCCUGAUCACGCCUCAUCCUCAACCAUCAAAAAGGGCACCGCUCCGCAAGCCUCUACAAAGAUCACCAUUCAUGGCCAUGCGUCUACAUCCACUAGCCAUUCGAAGAAUCCCAAUCACACGCGAACAGCAAGCAAGUCCACUUCUAAAGAGGUGGUCUUGUUGACACUUCGACCCGCCAGUCACAGUGUGGCCUCCGAAUGGCUGGAUGGCCUGUUGAUGCUCCUCAAUCAACAACCCAUCACCGCCGAGACGACCAAGUUGAUUGAUCUCGUCAGCAAUUAUGGUCUCAAGAUUCGCCUGUUGAAUGUUCGCUUCGACGAUGCGACGUUCGCGGGAGAGGCUCCCCCGGUACCGUCGCGAGAAGGGCUCGAUGAGGAUUAUUACUAUGAUGUUUUUGGGGGUGUCUAG